UUUCUUUUUCAUGUAAAAUCUCGAACGAAGGAUGUCAAGAAAAUCAAACGCGACCCUGCUAAGAACCCUAUGCGGGAUCUUCACAUUAGGAAGCUGUGUCUAAACAUCUGCGUUGGCGAAUCUGGUGACAGACUUACCCGUGCCGCUAAGGUGCUGGAGCAACUGACGGGUCAACAGCCAGUCUUCUCAAAAGCUAGAUACACUGUGCGUUCCUUUGGUAUUCGUCGUAAUGAAAAAAUCGCCGUCCACUGCACAGUUCGUGGUGCCAAGGCUGAAGAAAUUUUGGAACACGGCUUGAAAGUACGUGAAUAUGAAUUGAGACGCGACAACUUCUCUGCCACCGGUAACUUCGGCUUCGGUAUUCAGGAACACAUUGAUUUGGGUAUCAAAUACGAUCCUGGCAUCGGCAUUUAUGGUCUGGACUUCUAUGUCGUUUUGGGUCGCCCAGGCUACAAUGUAGCACACAGGAAGCGUAAGUCUGGCACAGUUGGUUUCCCACACCGUCUUACAAAGGAGGAUGCCAUGAAAUGGUUCCAACAGAAAUACGAUGGCAUUAUUCUUAAUAGUAAAAAGUAAAUAAUACGCUUGUAUUCAUUAGACGGGGAAAUAUAAGAUUUUUUAAACAAA